AUGCCCGGAGAAGGGCAGGGAACCAGUGUAUCCAAUUUGCUGGAGGGCCACUUCAGCGAGGAGGACUCGGCUGCCAGCUUCCAAGAAGCCCUCAUGGCCUGGCGACAAGGCAACAAGGCUCCUGAAGUGACUGCGCCUGAUUCCAAGGCCGGCUCCUUCUGGGCCAGCUUGGGAGACCACGACGUGAACCUCGAGCGUGCAAGCACCCCAGCCAAGUUGCCGGUCGAGAGCCAGGGUGCUGGGACGGCAGACGCUGGACCUGUUGAGGAGAGGCUUUGUUGCUAUCAGUGCUUCAAGCAAUUCUAUGCACAGUAUGCCGUUGAAAGGGCGGAUCCAUCUGGUGCGAGUCCAAAGAGGCUUUGUUCCGAGGUCUGUGGAGAUGCUUGGGCUUCAUCGAUGCAAGCCAAGAUGGAGGCAUUGAAGGAGCGACAGCAGCAACUUCAGCAGAUGCAGGAGAUGCAACGGUCUUUGGACGAGGCCCUGGUGGAUAGGGCUGAUCAUGUUUGA